CAUACCGGAAAUUAUCGCAAACAUGGCGUCUGGCAGCGGGCCGAGUAAGAAUGACUUCCGUCGGAAGUGGGACAAAGACGAGUAUGAGAAUCUUGCUCAGAAGCGUCUCGCCGAGGAGCGAGAAAAGGAAAGCAGAGAUGGGAAAAUCGUGCCGCCGGUUAAGCGGGAGAAUCUCCGGCAUCGAGACUACAAAGUGGACCUGGAGUCCAAACUGGGGAAGACCAUCGUUAUCACCAAGACGACCCCCCAGGCAGAGAUGGGCGGCUACUACUGCAACGUGUGUGACUGCGUGGUGAAAGACUCCAUCAACUUCCUGGAUCACAUCAAUGGCAAGAAACAUCAGAGAAACCUCGGCAUGUCUAUGAGGGUUGAACGGUCGUCCCUGGAUCAAGUGAAGAAGCGCUUCGAGGUGAACAAGAAGAAAAUGGAAGAGAAGCAGAAAGAGUACGACUUUGAGGAGCGCAUGAAGGAGCUGCGAGAAGAGGAGGAGAAGGCAAAAGCCUACAAGAAGGAGAAACAGAAAGAGAGGAAGCGUCGGGCCGAGGAUGACGGCGACUUCGAGGAUGACGACGAAAUGGCGGCCGUCAUGGGUUUUUCUGGGUUCGGGUCAUCUAAAAAGAGUCAUUGACGGCUCGAGUACAUCACCGCUGUUGAGUCAGCACAUCUGGUAAUACCUGUCAAGGGAGGAGAGCCCUGCCUGAAGAAGGCAGGCGCGAGAUGAAGGGCGGCAAUAGAGUCCUGUUGCACAGAUGGCAGUUAGUAGUCUCCAUAAUGUUCAGAUUCCAAAUAUUUUAUAUUUCCUUGUUCUGCUGGUUUGAUCCAUCAUAAUGAAUUUUCUUGUUAUUUUGAAAAUUUUUUAGCUCAAAGCUGAACACACUGUUCAUUUGUAGGGGCAGCUCCUCAAGUUUAACAGAAAUAGGCCAACAUUCUAUAAAUUAUUGGAAUUUAUUUUUGUCCUUCAUAAGAAGUCAUUCUCACCAAGUACCUUGUUCAUACAGUAUUUAUCUUCAUAAUGCUGCAAACAUGGAUGUCAGUAAAUACAAAAUUCAUUUGUCAUCAAGAAAAACUUAUUUGCUGUAUAUUGUCAGGUUUUCUUCUGCUUCAAGCAAUUUUUUUAAUUUUAAUAAACAAGAUAUAUUUUUUUUUUUUAAA